AUGGCCGGGAGCUGCGGGUUGGAGGGCAGGGCACGGGGUGACGCUGCUGCUCUCUGCUCCCUUCCAGGGCGCCCCGGAGCAGCCCCGGACCCGCGGCUGCAGCCGGAAUGUCCCGGACUCGCUCUGCUCGGGAAGAGCCUUUUGCCUGGGGAAGGGCCCAGCGCGGUGCCCGCUGCGCUGCCCGGGAACGCCGCCCGCGAUGGGACCUGGGAGGCGUGCGCGGAGUGGGUGUGUAAGGACCAGUGCCUGCCCGUGGCUGCUGCAACGCCUGCACCGGGGAAGAAGCCGGAGCCCGGGCGAGGGCCUGCGGCAGGGAACAAGCCCGCACUGGCUGGGAACAAGCCCGCACUGGAUGGGAACAAGCCCGCACUGGCUGGGAACAAGCCCGCAGUGGAUGGGAACAAGCCCGCAGUGGAUGGGAACAAGCCCACACUGGAUGGGAACAAGCCCGCACUGGAUGGGAACAAGCCCGCACUGGAUGGGAACAAGCCCGCACUGGAUGGGAACAAGCCCGCACUGGAUGGGAACAAGCCCGCACUGGAUGGGAACAAGCCCGCACUGGCUGGGAAGCCGGACACAGGGAAGAAACCCAGUUCAGGGAAGAAGCCAGCAUGUGGGGGGAAGACUGAGACCCAGGAGAAGCCAGAGGUUGUAGCAGAGCCAGGGGCUGGAGGGAAGCCGGGCACUGGAGAGAAGCCGGACACUGGGGAUAAACCUGUGCUGGGGGAGAAGCCAGAGACUGGGGGGAAGCCGGAGGCUGGGGAGAAGCCAGAGAGUGAGGGGAAGCCUGAGGCAGGAGAGAAACCUGAGUCUGAGCAGGGUGACAGCGGGGAGGAUGAUGACGAUGAUGAUGAUGAUGAUGACGACAAUGAUGAUGAUGAUGAUAAGGGUAAAAACGAGCAUGGUGAUGGUGAUGAUAAUGGUGACAAUGACGAUGGCAACGACGAUGGCGACAGCGAUGGUGAUGAUGAUGGAGAUGGUGAUGGCAAUGACGAUGGAGAUGAUGCUGGAGAUGAUGAUGGCGAUGAUAAUGGAGAUGAUGGCAGUGAUGAUGGCAACAGCAAUGGUGAUGACGAUGACAGCAACAGUGAUGACAAUGGCUAUGACGGUGAUGGUGGUGAUGAUGAAGACUAUGGAGAUGAUGAUGGUGCUGAAGAUGAUGACAGUGAUGAUGGUGGUGGUGGUUAUGGCGAUGACACUUGGUGA